AGCUACGCUGUGUCCGAGAGAGACUGGGGACCAAUAGCAAAACAAGAAGGAAGAACAAAAAUAGGAAAUAUCUGAAAUACUUACUCUGUGCACCUUUCUUCCCUUUCCUUCUUCAAGUUAGUUGAGGUGAGAGCGGUGGUCAUUUCUACACAACAUGAAUUUUGAAGAGCUAAUGAGACAUGCUGCUGAUAACAAGAAUAAUGCCAUUCGACAGCAACAGAAGAUGGGAAGAGCACAUAAAGAUAAUAGGGGUCCAGUCUCAAGCUCUGCUGUUCAAGCUUUCCUCAAGAAGAAGGAAGAGGAAAAGAAAAGACAACAAGCUGAAGCAGAGGCAGCACGUCGAGCUCGAAUUCAAGCUAGAUUAGAAGAAUCUACUAAAAAGCCGACAAAGAAAAGAAAUCCCCAGGACAAUAAAGCAUCUUGUGAUUCAGACAAAAAAACACUAAUCAAAAACUCAAGGGAAGUGCAAGAGCAUUUACCCAGAAAGAUCCCCAAGAAAUCCUCAACUCCGCAACAAGGGGGGAAAUCACAAGAAAUAAUUAAUUCAAAACCAGAUGUGAGUCAAACUCGGAAGGUCCCAAAUUUAGCAACAAAUUCAAAACUUAAUAACAAAACAGGGUCGAAGGCAUCAGAUCAACAAAGUGUUACACCUAAAAAACCUAGUGUUGAAUGCAAGAAUUCUAAGUUAAAAAAACUACCUGCAAAACCUGUAGACUUUAAAGAUCUCCUCGCACUAGCAGAGCAGAAUAAGUCUGGUCAAAGAAAGAUGGAGGCCCCUCCAAUGAAAGAAGAGAAAACUAAAAAAUCAGUGCCUACUGAACCAAUAAAAGAUAGAAGUUCUGUCUCAAGACAGAGUACACAUGGAGAAGUGAUACAAAACAAUAAGGCACAAAGCAUUAGACAGGGAGUGAAACGAAAUCAUGUGGAGGCCAGUAAAAGCAAUAGACCUCCUGCCCCUGAAAGGACAAAGAAGAAACAAGAAGCAAGGAUGACUAUUCAAACAGAGACAAUUUCAAACACUUUGACAACUUGUCCGGAAACAUCAGGUGGACCAGUAAGAGGGACAUGUAGGGACUUUGCCAGACAAGGGCUGCCCACAAGUCGGCUGUCUGGGCCUCCAUCUGGUAUGAGGAGGUACCAGGAGCCGCAGUAUGAGGACUAUGAUGACUAUGAUGAUGAUGAUGAUGAUGAUGAUUUUAUUGAUGAUGGUGGUGAUGAGGCCGAUGUGUCAUCCUACAUUAGGGAGAUUUUCGGAUAUGAUAAACGGAAAUUCAAGGAUGAAGACUUUGAUGAUAGAAGCAUGGAAGUUAGCUAUAGACAGAUUGAAAAAGAAGAAGCGAGAAGCUCAAAGAUAGCAAAACUUGAGGAUGAAAUAGAAUUCCUGAAGGAGCAGGCGGAAUUGAAGAAACAGAAAGCUGCGUUAAUGAAAAAGCGCAAGAAAUAGAGGAAAUAGAAAAAGAUGAUAUUAUGAAAUGUAUUUUUCAGAUUCUACAGUAGUUUAUUAUUUCAUGUGGCUUUGAAACAAAGUCUAUAAUCCUUUGAGAAUGUUUCUUGUGGAGCUCUCUGCUUUUUCAGAAUCCCUUUUUUUAGCUUUAAAAGUGAAGAUGACAUUAUUUUGAGAGGCUUGUUUUUUUUGUCACAACCCAAAAUCCUUAUAGAUAUAACAUCAACAACAAUGAAUGAGUUACUUUAUCACAAAACUGAUUGAAUGACUCAUUAGCACACUUGAAUAAUCAUUCUUUAUCGCAAGUAUUGGGUGUCGGUCAUAGAUGUAGCCUAGAUUUGCCAUGUGUGCACAUGCAAAGGGGUCUGAUAUUUCAUGAUCUUUUUAAAUAAAAUUCCUGAUGUGAUGGGAGAGGAGGUUGGGCAUGGGGUGUGUGUGCAUACCAUUAGAAAUAAAAGACAUAGUACGACUAUAAAGACUACAGACAAGCUAAAGAGAAACUAGGUGGUCUACGUAGGGACGGUGCUGGUAAGGAAAUAAACCAACACAAGGUUAAAAUGGUAUACUUAACGCCUCUGUUAGUAGUCUCGCCGACCUCCUCAAAAAUUAGCAUAUUCCCAAUAAAAAAAACAAAGCAUAAAAA